AUGUCCCUCGUGCAAUUGUCACCCACCGGCCGCGUGGCCUGCGGAGGGUCGUUUCUGGACAUGUACGGAAGGCGCCCGCCGGCGACGAUUCAGGCAGUUCAUCCCACCGGUGCUGCGCAGCCACCGCCGCUGAUGUCAUGGAGCGCCUUCCCAACGUCUAAAAAGAUGAGCGGGCGGAACGCCGCGGACGCUGACGCAAGUGCAAAUCCGGCUGGAGAGCACGUGGCACUUGUUUUCCCGCACGUUGCAGACACCUCCUCGCACGCGUUAUUCUUCUCUGUGGGCGUCUUCCGCUGCGACACGUGGGCGCUGCAGUGGGCUGUCCGCGCGGACGCAUUAGGCGACGGACGACGCGUGUGUGAUGUGUGUUGCCUGAGUGCGCAUACCGUCGCCUUUAUUGUUGAGGGCGGUAGCACGCAGAGAGGCAGGAGGGAGCUUUACGUUGCGUCCAAGGCGGAUGUUCCUCGUGUGGCAAAGCGAGAGAAUCGUCAGUGGCGCUCCUUCCUGGCAGGCGCCCACCUUGUCGGGACAACGUUCGAAGGCGAAGGCUUCUGCAGCCUUCAGGCCCUCUCAGCGACGUCGUGUCUGCUUCUGACGGGUGCUGGUCGACUUAUUCGUGUCACGGUGGCGUUUGAUCCGCAGGUUGAGGUCACCUCGGAGGAGGUGUUUGUCGAUGAGCGUCUGACGGCGGCGCGGAACAGCAGCAUCAGCAGUUUGGUGCUCUCCAGUGCAAUAACGACGGAAACGGGGGGUGCAAACUGUCACGCGGCUGUGUUUGCGGCGGGCAGCUCCACAUGCUAUGUCAUGAAGCUUAUGGACAAGAAUGCGGCAAUGACGGCGAGCAGGCCACAACCUAUUUCACUGCCUGCAGGGGCGACGGUGGAGCGGGCCGAGUUUGCUGGUCCACACAUUCUCUCCCUGACGCUCUCUUUUAAUAAAAGGACAACCUUUGCACUUCAGAUUGCGUGUCUUGUGCCUUCGCAGUCAUCCACAGCCUCGUCAUCCUCAUCACCGUCUGAGAGCCCUUUCAAUUGUAUUCCCUUUGAGCCAUUGCGGAUGGCGGCGCAACAGGUGCCGCUGGCAACGAUGUAUUGUGCGGAAAAAGAGACACAUGUUGUGCUUGUGAGGCGCCCUCAUCGUGGGACCGAUGCUGGCGGACACCACGACACGGCCACGAACAGCAUCGUGAGCAGCAGCGAGUCCUCGUGGUGGAGUUGUCUGGAGUAUGCAGAGCUGCCGUUGCAGGAGGGGCCAUAUCCGGAGGAGGUAUUCCGGAACGCAACAUGGCGUUCCCUUCCGGAGCCGUGCAGCACCGCCCUUCCCACUGUCGCGCCGGCGGGGGCGCUGGGUUCGGACGAUAAUGACGGUGAUAACGAGGAUGACAUCAACAACAAUGACGGCAGCCAUGAGAAUACUGCCGCCGACUUCCAGAGGGGGUUGGCCUUGCUUACCCAUUCUUCAUCUGGGGGGCAGUGGGAGCCCAUCCGUCUGCACUACGCGUUAGCAGCGUCGCUUUCGCAGCAAAAAGCAACAAGGGAAAACAACAGCGGCGGCAGCAGCAAUGUUGUUGUGAAUGUACUGGCUAUUGAGACCGCGCCCUUUGUGCAUACGCGGCUGGUGAAACAGUGGCAUAAUGCCACGCGAGGCUUGAAGUAUUUGCUGGACGGGGCGAAUAACACCGUGGGGGGUCUCGCACCAUUUGCCGUCACUUGGAACCCGCGGCACCUCCGACGAGCGCUUCGGCUGUUCAGCCAAGAAGGCCUUCGGCUGCUCUUCAGCCACGUCGCUGGCGCCCUCCGCGUCUCCACGCAACCAAGCGAGGUGGCACAUCUCUUCUACGGAACGGCGGUCACCGCUGUUACGGACGUGGCGCUGCACAUCAUCACACUUGCUCGUCAGGUGGGCGCGCUUCUCUCGCCUGAGGACGUGGCGGUCACUGCGUUGCUGCUGCGGGCCUCACGGGCGACGGGCCACUUGAUAGUAAACCACACCGCACGUGGGCGGCUUCUGCUUGAGAGCGUCGUGCGCAGUCGACUGGCUAACCAUGUGCUUGGCGCUGAGGCAACAAAUCACAGGACGGCGUAUAGCAGCGGCGACCCCACUGCGAACGAAGAGGUAAAUGCAGCGGAGGCCGAAUUUCUUAACGCGCCAGCGGAGUUGCGGGUGGAGCGUGCGCUGCGCACCAAAUAUGCCCCCAAUACAUGGACGCAGCAUUUAUUGUGGAGGCACAACGAGCACAGUGCGGUUGUGAGGGAGGCCUUGCGUCACCUCCAGGCCGUUGCCCCCCUGCGACAACAGGACGCUAGCCGCAGCGAUGGGGAAGGGGAAGGGGCACACCUCCUGCAGAGUGAGGAGGUGACUGCAGCGCCUCCUUUGGUGCCGGAUUGGAUGCUGCGGGGACAGCAAGCGCACGCGAAUGCUGCCUUCACGGAGUACGAGUCCGCCCUGGUACACCCCGCCGCCGCCGCCGCCCGCUGA